AUGGCUAGCAAAAAUAUCUCAGAAGCCAAAUCCUAUCAGCAGCAAAUUGAGCAAAAAAUUCAAGCGGCGAAAGCCAAACAUCAAGCACCAGCCACUACUAACGAAAACGAAAAUAAACUCUCCUGGCCAGUCAAAAUAGCCUUCGGAGCCGGAAUAAUUGGUCGUAUUCACCAAGUAAAAAAAAUUUCCAAGCCUUCCCAACAUAUUCAUUUAAGAGUUGAGGAAAUCAAAAAAAAUUGCCGUGGUCGGGGUAUUUAUCUUAUUUCUACUUCCCUCGGUUUACUAACCCACCGCGAAGCCUUAGCCCAAAAGCAAGGUGGCAAA